CCGCAUGAGGGGGACAAGGACGCCGCACAAGCCUGCCUCCGACUCCCGGGACUGGAACCUUGCGUGCGCGGAACGCUCGGGCGGGGCCGGCGGGCAGCUCGGGCGCCUUUGGGGGCCGGACCGUCGCGCGGCAACGCUAGGAGCCGGCGGAAAUGGGGCUCAUGUCCCGCGGCACGGCCGCGGCGGGGCUGGGGGCCGGGGGCCGCGAGCGCUGUCGUCCGCUCGUCCCGGCCCGACGCGGUCCCCGACCCCAUGCCGACCCCGCCGCCUGAGAGCGCGGCCCCGGGGAACAGCCGCGUGCCCGGCAUGGUGCUCAAGGCCUUCUUCCCCACGUGCUGCGCCUCGGCCGACAGCGGCCUGCUGGUGGGACGGUGGGUCCCGGAGCAGACCAGCGCUGUGGUCCUGGCUGUGGUGCACUUUCCCUUCAUCCCCAUCCAGGUGAAGGAGCUCCUGGCUCGGGUGCAGCAGGCCAGCCAGGUGGGGGUGGCCGUGCUGGGCACCUGGUGCCACCGCCGGCAGGAUGCCGAGGAGAGCCUGGGCCACUUCCUGGAGGGCCUGGGCGCCAUCUUCUCCCAUGAGCCCUGGCUCCAGCUGUGCCGGGAGAGGGGCAGCAAGUUCUGGAGCUGCAAGGCCACCCGCCGGCAGGCACCUACCUGCCCCGGUGCCCCCGGCGAGGACCAGGUCAUGCUUGUCUUCUAUGACCAGCGCAAGGUGCUGCUGUCCCAGCUGCACCCGCCCGUGGCCCUGCCUGACCACCAGGCUGGCGAUGCCGUGGCCGGUGCUGGGGGCUUGGCUGCUGUCUUUGACACGGUGGCGCGCAGUGAGGAGCUCUUCCGAAGUGACCGGUUCGACGAGGGCCCCGUGCGGUUGAGCCACUGGCAGUCGGAGGGCGUGGAGGCCAGCAUCCUCGCGGAGCUGGCGAAGCGGGCCUCGGGGCCCAUCUGCCUGCUGCUGGGCGGCCUGCUGUCACUUGUCUCAGCCGCCAGCGCCUGCCGGGUGUUCCAGCUGUGGCCCCUGUCCUUUAUCUGGAGCAAGCUCUCCACAUGUGAGCAGCUCAGGCACCGGCUGGAGCAGCUCACGUUUGUCUUCAGCACCCAGAAGGCCGAGAACCCCACCCAGCUGAUGAGAAAGGCCAACGUGCUUGUCUCUGUGUUUCUUGACGUGGCCCUUGGUCUUGCGCUGCUAUCUUGGCUUCACGGGAAGGACCGGAUCGGCCACCUGGCAGAGGCGCUCGUCCCCGUGGCUGAUCACGUGGCCGAGGAGCUCCAGCAUCUCCUGCAGUGGCUGAUGGGAGCACCUGCUGGGCUGAAGAUGAACCGGGCGCUGGACCAGGUCCUCGGCCGCUUCUUCCUAUACCAUCUGCAUCUGUGGAUCAGCUACAUCCACCUCAUGUCCCCCUUCAUCGAGCGCAUCCUGUGGCACGUGGGCCUCUCGGCCUGCCUGGGCCUGACGGUCUCCCUGUCCAUCCUGUCAGACAUCAUCGCUCUCCUCACCUUCCACAUCUACUGCUUCUACGUCUACGGCGCCAGGCUGUACUGCCUGAAGAUCUGUGGCCUGUCCUCGCUCUGGCGUCUGUUCCGGGGGAAGAAGUGGAAUGUUCUGCGCCAGCGGGUGGACUCCUGCUCCUAUGACCUGGACCAGCUGUUCAUCGGGACCUUGCUCUUCACCAUCCUGCUCUUCCUCCUGCCCACCACGGCCCUGUACUACCUGGUGUUCACCCUGCUCCGGCUCCUGGUGGUGGCCGUGCAGGGCCUGAUCCAUGUGCUCGUGGACCUCAUCAACUCCCUGCCGCUGUACUCCCUCGGCCUCCGGCUCUGCCGGCCUUACAGGCUUGCAGCCGGCGUGAAGUUCCGAGUCCUGGAGCAUGAAGCUGAUAGGCCCCUCCGCCUCUUGAUGCAGCUGUGGCUGCCACCCCACCCACUCCUGGGGCUCCCUGUGCCGCAAGCUUUUCUUUGGGGAGCUCAUCUACCCCUGGAGGCAGAAAGGGGACAAGCGGGACUGACGGACCCUGGCCACCGGCCCGCCCGGCACCGCCACACGGCCACAGUCAGCCCUCCACCCUGCCGGGGACGCUGACCGUCAGGACGGCACGCAUCCGUGCCGUUUGCCUUCUGUGCCCCCGGUUGUCUGAGGCCUCUACAUCUGCCCCUGGCUCCGAGGCUGCGGGGUGCUGAGCAGGAGGUCGCAGGGGCAGCCAGCCGGGCCAGCAGGCCCGUGCUUCAUCACUAGCAGUGUUUGCCUCGGGACCCGCCUCCUGACCUGCUGGGAUGGCAUCGGCAACCCGGUGCCCCCCAGCCCCCGGGGGCCUGCCCAGGAGCCCUGCUCUGCCCCUCCCAUCACACCCAGACUCCGGGAGGGGUUUGUAGGCCUCUACCCCUGACCACCACGGCCACUGCCAACGGGGCGAGCUGGCAGCUCUCCCUGUCGGGAGGUGGAGGGACCGCUCCACCGGGAUGCGCUCAACGGUCCUUGAGGCGGACCCCCAGCAUCCCGUCCUUGGGGGUUGCUCCAGGGUCCCCAGAACCAGCAGCCCCGGUGGCCCCGAGCCCUCUGGGAAGCCGGCAGCACUGCCCUCGGAGCCUGGACCACACAAGGGUUUGCUUGAAGCCACCCGGAGAGGUUGUCCCGCAGGGGGAGCUGCCGUGGGCCUUUGGGUCUCCCUGUGUGAAGCCGGGCCACGUGGGAGCCCGGAGCCGCCUUGCCAGAGACCAGACAGCCAUUCACCCUGCCGCCCUGUCCCUGCCCCACACCCCUGCGGGAACGGGCCCCUUGGCCAGAUACCAUCUCCCUCACUGACGUCGCACAGAAGCAGGCAGCUCCUAGAGAGACACGUUUGUGGUCUCCAGUGUGUGUGUGGCGGGGGGGUGGGGGGCAGCAUUCAGGUCGCGUCUGCCUGCCGGCUGGCGUGGCAUCUGACUGUGGGCGCGAGCCCCACAAUCCCCAGGGGGAGGAAGACUGUACGUGCGGAUGGCAUCGUCUGUGUUUUGUCCUCCUGGAGUUGUUUGUGCUCGUGCCGUAGCCCGAGCAGGAGAAGGGGCAGCGGCCUCUGUUCAUUGCGGGCACUUGGGCCUGUCCACCUCUGCCACCUGCACUCCUUGGCUGCGGGCCACGGCGGGGAGCCCCUGGGGGAGUUCCCAGCAGCUCGGCAUGUGACGGGACAGGUCCUGGCUCUGCCUUUUUCUGCUGAGACAAUAAAACUUCCCACCCGUU